GUGGAGUUUGGGGCAGAAACUGACAAUUAAGUGCUGAAAUACGUCGACGACGAUGAAGGGUGCUUUAGUUCUUUUGUGCGCGAGUUUGGUGAUCUACUUCGCAGGGGUCGAGGCGAUGGGCAAGUACAGAGGACUCGAAUUCCUCGAGCCCUGUUCCAGGCGGAACUCGCACUUGGAAGCCUGCUUGGCUCAUUCGGCCAACAUCCUUACGGAACACUUCAAACGUGGACUUCCUCAACUCGGAUUCGACGAGGUUGAACCCAUCAUUCUCGACGAACUUCACAUCGCUCUUGGCGGUGGUCCGGAUGGGUACAGGGCGCAAUUCAGGGACGUGGAAGCCCAGGGCGUCUCGGCGCUACGCGUAACAGGCCUCAGGGCGCGACUCACCGAUGACGAAGUUCAGGUCCAGCUCGCUCUGAGCAUCCCCAGGAUCAGGGCCAAGGCCAAUUACCGAUCCAGCGGGAAGUUGAUUUUGGUUCAGGCCAGCGGCGCCGGCGAUUACUGGGGCGAAUACGAGGGUGUAAAAGCCAAGGUGUUCAUCAGAGCCAAGCCUACGCCAAUCGGUGGCAGACAGUACCUUCAUCUUCAGCAGCUCAAGAUGGACUUUAGCGUACAAAACAUUAAAAUGGGCGUAGAAAACGUUCAUGAUGGAAACACGAUUCUUCAAGCUGCCCUGAACUUGUUCAUCAACAGUAACAGUCAGGAACUGCUCAAAGAGAUGAAACCGGACCUUAGACGGAAACUGGUCCAGGUGAUGACGGCAUUCGUCGAAAAGUUAUUCGCUCAGGUACCGUACGACGCGUGGAUCGAGGACUAGACCCAUCACUACACUUGGAAAUCAUACAAACAUAGAUAUGUAGGAUCGAGGCUCCUCGCUUCGAAGGACAGCCAGUUCCCCUAGACUCAGGCACAACAUAAAAUUGGUGGUGUCAUUUUGACAAUCAGAAUUCGGACGUAUCUGGUAUUACAUUCAACGAAGAAGAUUUGCCAACUCCCGUGCCUCUGUGGCUAAUCGGUAAGAACCAGUUCAAGGCUGCUGUAGUUGCAGGUGUCUUUUUGAGUGUUCUUCACCUGUAAAUUGAAGAAAGCCACGAAACACGUCUUUUGGCGAUUAGAAAGGCGUGUGAGUAUCCGAUGUUCCAGGCUGCACGAUCAGAUAGAUUCCGCCUGUGUGGCGAGUAGCGAAACCCGUUGUAAAUGCACAUAGCCUUGCCAAAAUUUUUUAUCGCAAGAAUUAGCGACCUCCUAUAAUCAGGGAAUCAGGGCAAUGUUAAAUUUCUAAUUCAAUCCUUCUGUACUUCACCUCCGCGAUUAUAUUAUCCAGUGCAGCUAUAGUUCACCGUGUGAUUUCCGUAUUACUAUAUACUUAGAUAAUAGUACAUUAUUACUUAGUUUGACAAUGCAAAUUUAAGGUUUAUUGUUACUUUUAAGGUUCAAGUACGUGUAUUCUCAUUAAUUUUUUUACUCACGCGGCGAAAGUUGAACAGGUUAGCAAGAAAAUUCCAAGCACGUCAGUUUUGGCAUUUGAUUGUCUCUCCAGUUGCUAGAUAGCAUUAUCGAAACUCGCGAAUAUCGACGAGCGUAACUUCUACUCACGCAUUGAUCAACGCAUCAAAGCAUCUAUAAAUCUUCGUUUCAUCAUUAAUUAAACAAUCAUAAUCCAUCAUCGCACGUAAUCUAAUUGUUUAAGUUGAUUUGUUGUUGUUGUUUUUUUUUUUUUUUAUGUAGAGUUAGCGCUUGACUGCUGCCCGUUAUUUGCUACAUUUACUCGGUAAUAAUAACUGCGAUUUGAUAUUUUCCUUUCAUUAUUGAUAGUAUGAUGACUUUGUUUUGUCUGUAUUUAUUGAAUAUAUUUUACAAUU